UCUACGAGAUUUUAUUCAUUACCUUUGCUUCAAUAUUCUAUGAUGCCCGAUAUUGUUUUCCAUUAAUCAAUGAAAGUCCUUUCCAAAAACCUUUUUAACACAUGGAUUCCAAAUGCGCACUAAAUGGGGAAUCUUUUGUACUGAAAUCGAUAGUAUUGAAAUUCAAUUUUGUCACUUUUCCGCGGAAUUUUCGAGACCGUUAAAAAAACGUUUACUAAUUUUGUAUAACAAACUGUGUAAAGGAAAAAGCUACAUAACAAAAUAAAAACACUUUCCUACUUAUUUUCUAUAGGGUAACGUGGCACUGCUAUUUUCGCGCUAAAAAUUUACAUCCUUUCAGCCUUAAAACGUUUAUUCAAAUUACGAACUUCCCUCAGCCCACCGCUACCUAGCAACCGCGGUUGCUUCUACGUAGGUCAUAUUCACUUGAAUUUAAAGGAUCUAAAUGAAUACUGUGAUUGUGAAGGAGUAAAAUCUGCUUCUUCUCUAUACUUCUGACUGGCACUGCCGAGGUUUGGCUGUGUAUGCGUGGACUAAAUCAAACAGAAUUCGUUUUAAAGCUCUCAAAAGAUACGAUGCUAAGGUGUCUUAUUGACAAAGACACUCCAAGGCGAUUGGAUUUCCUGAGCUAUCAGUAAUUACAGCCUAGAUGCUUUGGUAGAUACAAUGACACGUGACUAACACCUAAAACAAUCAGGAAAAUCAUUAAGAGAGCGCCGCGAGCUUGACACAGAGGGCUGAACUUCUCGAGUGCAGCAGAAAUAUGUAUGGAUUCAUUCACUGUGCACUAGCUGACUUGGUCGUUUCUAAGUUCGGCGAAGACGUUUGGCGAUCUAUCGUCGAGAAGGCUGGGGUAGAAUUGGACGGCGGAUCAUACCUUAUUCACAAAAUUUACGAUGAUGAGGAGACCUUGAGUUUGGUCGCUGCGGCUUGCGAGACUCUAGCUCUGCCUCUGAACGCUGUUUUGGAAGCUUUUGGCUCACAUUUUCUGGACUACUGUCUGCAGACCGGCUAUGAUCGGAUUCUGAAGGUGCUGGGAAGAAAUCUGAGAGAUUUCUUAUGUAACUUGGAUGCACUCCACGAUCAUCUCGCUACGAUUUAUCCAGGAAUGGAAGCACCGUCGUUUCGCUGUACUGAGACGCCCGAUGGAACAUUGCUCCUCCACUACUACUCACGGAGGCAAGGGCUGGAGCACAUCGUUAUUGGAGUCGUUAAAGCGGUUGCGAAUAAAAUGCUUGACACCGAGGUGGAGGUGUGCGUGCAGCAAGCGCGCUCAGACGAACGUGGGCAUGUGGUGUUUUCAAUCAGAGAGACAGGCUGCACAAAUGCAACGCAAUCCAAGCUUGGGCUACAGGCCUUUGAUUUAGAAACCAUGGCAGAUAAUCAUAGUGCAAUGAUGUCAUUGGAUAGCGAAAACAUGGGCAAGAAACGGCGAGGAGGGCUCAGUUUGUUGUCAUUCUGCAAAGCUUUUCCAUUUCACGUGAUGUUCGAUCGUAAACUCAACAUCACGCAAACUGGGGUUGCCAUGAUGCGCCUUCUGGACAAACGGUUCACGACUGCUAAUUCAUUUUCGUUCAAGGAAAUUUUUGAACUGUCAAGACCGCGUAUGGAAUUUGCGUUUGAUUCUGUUCUUGCGCAUAUAAAUACAGUGUUUAUUGUAACAGUAAAACAGUCCGCGCUGCGACUUGCGGCGGAUACAGUGUCCAACGUGUCAGGCAGUCCAGAAGAUCGGAGAAUGAGCAUUGCAAAUCCAUUAUUACGCCUCAAGGGUCAGAUGAUUUACGUUCCCAAGAACGACAGUAUUCUAUUUCUGUGUUCCCCUCGGGCAAAUGACUUAGACAGUUUUAAGAAUCUGGGUAUUUUUUUCAACGAUAUACCUGUUCACGACGCUACGCGUGACUUGAUUUUUAUGUCACAGGCGAGAAGAGCCGAGCGAGAAUUGGUGGAAAAGUUGGAAGAAACUAGCAACGACCUGAAGAAACUGGAAGUUAAACUGACGGAAAACAAAAAACGCACAGACGAAUUGCUGCAUUCUAUUCUGCCCCAAGAAGUCGCGGCUAAACUGCGGUUGAAUCAACCGGUGCCCGCGGAAAACUACAAGCUGGUCACGAUCCUUUUCAGCGACAUCGUCGGAUUUACAGCGCUAUGUUCCGACGACAAAAUUGUUCCCAUGGACAUCGUGCGGAUGCUGAACAAACUUUACACCUACUUUGACAUGUUGAGUGGGAUGAACGAUGUUUACAAGGUGGAGACAAUUGGUGACGCUUACAUGGUUGUUGGAGGUCUACCAAAGCCAUGUGACAAUCAUGCAGAGAAGGUAGCUCACAUGGCAUGCUCAAUGAUGGAAGCUUCUCGAAAGGUUUUGUCGCCUGUUGACAAAACUCCUCUCAAGAUUCGAAUCGGAAUUCACAGUGGGUCGGUUAUGGCUGGAGUUGUUGGCAAAAUGAUGCCCCGCUAUUGUUUGUUUGGAAGCACUGUCACACUGGCGAACAAGAUGGAAUCGGGAAGCAAACCAGGAUACAUAAACGUCAGCUACGAGACUAAACGCUUUCUCAAAGGUUCCUCUGAAUUCGAGUUCAUUCCUAACACGGAGAUCCCCAACCCACUACCAUGCUUCUUCCUGAUCAGGAGCAAGAACGCAAAACAACAACUGUCAAUUCUGGAAAUCGCUGCAUCCGUUGCACCGAACAACAUCUGCAUGUUUCGGUCCCCGAGGACUUCUCCGACGCACUCUCCAGCGAUGAAGCGAAGAAGUGAUACAGGACCUGCCGCUUACCGCAGUAGCUCCCCAGACGGCCCGCCCCAGCGAAGAAUCAGCUCGGUUGACUUCGCCUCCUCGGUUAACGAACGGCUGGAAAGUUUGAAAAAGGACCAAGGAAACAAGAACACUAAGAAACGGAGAAUAACGGUAACCUCUCUGUGUCCUGUGCGCAAAGCCAACAGCUUCAGCAGAGACGACAGUAUUGACGAAGCUGCGGAUGAUGACGAGGAAAUAGAGGACAGUAAUCUUGACAUUAAAAACAUCAAUGGCGACGCUUCCCUGAUCGGAAUGGAUGAGGAGUCCUUGACGGAAUUGGUAGAGCUAAGCCAAAAAAUUGAGACUACGUUAUAACUGAGGCGUAUGGCCAGUAUUCAGUCCCUUUCAUUA